UCAGCACAAAUCAGACCAUUUCCGUAUUGAGGACUUCCUCAACCCCUAGAGCCACUUGGCAAAGACCUCACUCCUGUAACUCCACCAGCCAGCUUGCUCAGGAUCAAGAACAUGGUUUUUCUCAUGAUUCUGCUGUUUUCCUACCUUCAAACGUCUCAGCAGAUUCAGAAAACUAUGGUAAACGGCAAAGAGAUGCUGUCCAAUCCCAGGCUCAAACCUGUUCAGGGGACUUUGAAUGUAGUGAUGAACCAGAACGUGACCCUCUCCUGCAACUCAGAUUCUGGAUCUCCACCUGUCAGAUACACAUUGUUUAAACGUAAUCAGAAGGUAUCCACCUUAAACAGGCCAGACCUGACCCCCAGUUUGUUUAACUUGACUAUCAACUCUGCCAGUGAUCUGGGUGAAUACAAAUGCAAAGCUGAGAAUAACAACACCAGUGGCGGAAAAUACAGCAACAGUCUCAGCUUCACCCUUCUAGAGCCCAUUUCCAAACCAGUGCUGAGCUCACCCACCUCUCAAGCAAAGAAAGGCCAGAAUGUGACCCUGUCUUGUCUCUCGGAGAAUGGCUCUCUUCCUAUCACGUACAUAUUCUUCAAAGGAACACAAAGCAUCUCUUCCCAGGUGAUGAUGCACAAGGAAGCAGCUGAGAUUGUUCUAUUCAUCAAUUCCUCUAGUGACUUUGGAACCUAUAAAUGCAGAGCUGAAAAUGGUUUUCGCAGAAAUGCAAAAUACAGCAACGGUUUCAACUUCACAUUAGCAGAAGAGAGAAGACUUUCUCAGCCCCUGAUAAUUUCUCUUGGGUUGAUCGUGCUACUAUUCGCAAUAGGACUUGCUCUGGCAAUUCCGUUUUUCAUAAUUCCUUCAUAUAAAGCAAAAAAAUUUAAGCCUACUAGACCCUCAACUGGCUUUACUUCAACACCAAAUGUAGAAGAGCCUGAAGACGAGGUCAUAUACUCAGAGAUCAUGCCUGUUAAACCAGAAGAAGAAUACAUCAACUUUUCUGUUUUAAGAAGAGAAGAUGAAAAAGGAGACAAGAGGGUGUGUGCCACCGUCUAUUCAAGGGUGUUGAGCAGAGACUGAGUAUAAGCUGGACCACUCCAUUCUCUAGAGUGGCAUCUGUUAUCAAGAUCAUGAAGAGAACACCCAUCUCGUCAUACCUGCAGAGAAAAGAGCACUCCUGUUACUGCUUCUGGUGUAUGAGAAAUUCAGAUAAGUUAUGUACAAAUGACCAUCAUCUAAGUAUUUAUUCCUGCAAUACUGCACGAAGUCCAGGAUGAAGACACCACUCUCCUGUUGCCCUUCCUUCCUUUCCUAUGGUUCUUUAAAUUAUUUACUUUAGUACAUAAAGAAUGUUAUUUAGUGACCUACUACAAGAAUAUUUUUGUAAAAGCAGAAUAUAUCUUUCGGUCUUGCUUUGAAGACUACUGCACAUGAACAAAUAGCUGUAUUUAUUUUGUCUCAGCAUAAGAUAUUCAUCAAUAUGCUCAAAGUUCACUCCUGAUCAACAAAUUGCAUAUGAUGCCCUGAAAUGGAAUAGCAGAUUUAUCUCCACAAAUAAUUCCAUCACAUAAACUAAUGGUUCCAGACUUGGAAGAAUUUUUAAGCUCAAGGCUAGACACACAGUGCCAUUUGAAAUAGUACUUAAGAAUGAAAUGCAGAACCAGCCCAGAUGCAAAAGUGGGGGUUGAGGGUAGGAAACAUUUCUCGAGCUUGUAACUCAUCUCAAGAAGUUUAUUUUCAACUGGAGAGUCUCUAAAGGGCAUUUCACAGUUCCAGAGAAACGACAACAACACGUG